UAACUGUUGUCGGAGCAGAAGCUCUUCCUACUGCAGACGCUUUGCCAUUUGCUCUGCCACCACCGCACCGGCUUUCAUCCGCAUCCGAACUUUUCCGGAGAAUAUCACACACGCAGCCGUAAUUCACUUUAGCCAAACCGUAGUUCUGCGACCAAAAUAUCAUUUAUUAUACUUUAUCCAUCAUGUGGGGCAUUCUGAUGCUGUUAUUCUGCGGGGCGGCAUUUGCUCAGAAUUACGACUACUCGGCGCCAGCCCCAUUACCAUCAUCCGAAUCGCCCUCACCAGCUCCGACCCCGAUGCCACCUCCAGCACCAACACCAACGGAACCUCCGGCAUCCCCAUCACCGACGCCCGAGUUCACCACAACCACAGCGACACCGGCGCCCACUCCAGCGCCUACUCCCGCUCCAACGCCCGCUCCAAUACCCGCUCCAACACCCGCUCCCACACCCGCCCCAACACCAGCCCCGACGCCCAGCCCGACACCGGCUCCAACGCCCGAAUCUACCACCACCACCACACCGGCUUCCACAACCACCACCACAACUACUCCGGAGCCUACCACCACAACAACGACACCCGCACCGACUACAACAACCACGACACCCACAACGACGACCACCACCACGUCGACGACUACCACAACACCGACCACCACCACGACGCCAACAACCACGACGACGACAACAACACCCACGACCACCACCACGACCACAACUCCGACUCCCGCGACGACACUACAGCAAGCGUCCGGUGCCCUCCCACCGUGCGGCACCGCCGGAAUCUCUUGCCAUGUACUGCAGGCAACGGCCUGUGCCGAAAGCGGUGACCAAAAGUGUGAAUAUUUGGCCAAGAUCGGUCAGAAUCCUUCCGACUCCGGCUCGGUCCAGAUUGAACUGGCCGCUACGGGAGGUGGGACGGAGCUCAAUCUGGAUGUCGGUACUAAUCGGUGGAUCGGCGUCGGGUUUUCUCUGACCGGACAGAUGCCGAACUCAGCCGUGUUCCACUGCUUCCACGACACCAACGGAACAAUUCAAGGCAAACUGACGUACAACGUACCCAUUGCGCAUUUCAAUAUGGGCUGGGUCGGCGUCGAUCAAGCGCCGCUAACCGUGCAGAGCGCCCAAUUUGCCAACAAUGAAAUGCGCUGCGUGGCUAUUUUGAAGAAACAAUUCGGCAUCAGUGGACAGGCGUUUGACCUGACGCAGACGGUCACCCUGAUUGGAGCCAAUGGACCGCUGAUACAAAAUACCAUCGCGCAACACGACAGAGCGCACGUUCCCGGUGCUAAAGUCAGCUUCCCGUGAUCUGGCAUUCCGGCUAAUGACCUGCAUACCGCUUUAUAUGUCUGUCAAAAACUAAGGACGGUGCAGUUUGUAUUAUGGUUUUAAUACAAUGCCAAUUACCUCAUUGCGCACAUUUAAAUUAAAUUGUCACACUUUUUAACUAAUUUUUCAGCGGCUAAAAACCAGCCUUAACGGUGCCUCCCGAACCCAACUUACAAAAGUGAUUUUAACGGAAGGAUGACUUUAUUGAUGCCGAUAAAGAAGCGCGUUUUAAGGCGUUGUUAUUAUCAUAUUUGUACAUGUGCACAUCGUUUCACUCUUGCGUAAAGGUGCCAAAAAACGCCAUGUACUGAAUGUGCUCUGUAAGAACACACAAUAUAAAA